AUGGAGUUUAUACAUUUUACGCCUACAGAAAUUAAAAAAUUGGCCACUUUGAUAGUUGGUGUCCAUAUUCAUCCUGCUAGAAAUUCUCUCGCAAUCAGUCUGUUUCGCUUCCCUUGUUCUCUCAGGCGAGGCAACUGGAUUUGCUGCUGGAGUACAUCGAAGCGAGAAAGGAAGGCGAAAAGAAAGGGAGAACGGGAAGUGUCGCGGCCAAAGGGAAAAGCGGGGGCAUUCUUCAGUAUCAAAUAGGAAGGAGCAACGCGAAUAACGCGAGCUACUCGACCAGGCCGGAUAGUUUUUCGCCUUUAAUGAGCCAGCAACUUUUCCAAGAAAACGGCAUUGGCGUUCCUCGCCGAGGGGAGAGGGUGACAAGAAGCGUGGACAAGCGUGCCAACUAUAAUAAGACUCGAAGAAAGAAGCGCAAGAAGCGCAGAAGGAAGCACAAAGGCGCGAGUUCCAUUGAUCAGUCGAGACGCGAGGGCAGCGUACGGCCGGCAACGCGCGAGAAACGCGAAUACCUGGACAAAGCCUUCUGGGAUUCUCUCGAUUCGGCAUACGAGGAGCCUUUAAUUUACCAUUCUAUGGAUAUGACGAGCGCCGGGUCCAAUCCUAACGGCAACAGCCAGACUAAGAAUGAGGAGAAGCUGGAAGAUGCGGCUGGCAAAAAUGCUGGAUCCUGGAGAGAGAACACGAGCAACAAUUUGAAAGAAGGUAAUAUCGUAGAUGAGGAAGAAGGUGCAAAAAUUGAGGGACACGCAUCGAAGUCACUUGCCAAUGUCCAGUCUAAAGACCAAAAUAAUUUCAACGAAGAGAGCAAAGAAUCGAUCGACGAGGGAGAACCAAUAACGGGGGGAAAUCGGCUGGAGGACGAGAUAUUAUUGCUCAAUAAACGGCAAGCUUGGAUAAAGGAGAACGAACAACAACUGGAAGAGGUAGCCUUCGGCGAGGACAUGCGAAAAGCAUGGAGAGACAAGGAGUUGUUCGAAAAACUGACCGAGAUCGACAAGAAGAAGAACGACACGAACGACAGGGAAACGCGGAACACCGGCGUUAAAAAUUACACGACGGAUAAUCCGGACGGCAGCGGCUGUAAUUUAUCGGACGAGGACAAGCUGAGAAUGCUCGAGGAGAAGAUAAAUGUUUAUGCGGAUAAUGAGUGA